AUGGAAUUAGACGAUAUCAUGGGCUUAUGGGACCAACAUCUGGAGGAUACAGACGAUGAUGUCGGCACACCACAAGUCCAAAGUGGGGAAGAGAGCCCAAGUAUUGACGAGGAUAUACGGAUUGCAGACGAUGACGAGGACCUCCCUGGACUUACGGCCUAUAGGGAGCUAAUCACCGGCAGCCCAGUGUAUGAAUGGCUACUUGGAAGUCUUCGGAGGGGGCUUCACUUGCACCCAGCGGAGCCCAACGUUCAAGAUGCUAUUCGCAACCGAAUCAUUGAUUCCCUACCAUCAUCACGGAGAGUCAGUCGAUAUGACCAGCCACGGAUAUAUCAGGUGGUAUUCCUUCUCAAUUGGGAUCCCAGUGCUUUCAUCACAGAGCAGGAGCAUGACUUAAGUAAAGAAGGCUUCCUUUCGAAGAUCAUUACAAUCACAGGGACUAGCCAGGAUGCUCAAGCAAUGACCUGCUUGCAAUACCUUCAUCAAACAUGGCACUUAUAUGGAUCCGAUAUCCUUCAACUAGUCGAAGCUACGCUUCUCGAUGAGCGCGACUAUGAACAUAGAUGUAUCCUCUCAGACAAUACACAGCUUGCGGCAUGGGUAAACGAUAAGCAGUUUUGCGUUGAGGUCACUGGAAUAGCCGAUUCAAUUGCAGAGAUUGGUGAGCAACUUGCGUGGCUCGGCUCUGCUCUCCGUUCCUCUCCCCAUGCCUCCGGGAUAUCGUACUGCACGCCCUUCGUCAGCAACGCCAAGGUGGAAGGCACUUCAAUCCCGACUUCGCAAGCACCACCCAUCACGCGAAUAUCAUGCGGUAUUGAUUUCAAACAUGAUGAUCAGGAGCAAUCCAGGUCCACGUCGCCCAUGGGACAGUGCUGGCACCACUUGUUCCGGAACCCAACAGUGGUGAUGGGCUUCCCCAUACCGUACCGUUCCAGACAGGGCAUUGGCCUUGAAAUACCACUUAACAUUUUGGCGGGUCUAGUCCAAGCAAACCAAGUGGAUGCCUUUAGUGAUAAGCUCUUCAUCAAAGGAUUCUCCAACUUAUUGAUCCCCACAGAGUAUAUCAGAGAUCAGGAUCAGAUGAUAUGGCACCUGUGUUAUAACGUACAGGGUGAUCGCAUUUCGUAUCUAGAUGGCAUUGGAGCCCAUGUCGGACACAUCACACUAGCUGAUUUGGAGUCGAGCCGGCAUAUCUUGGGAUGGUGUUCAGACGCAAGAUUCUAUGCCGGAGCAGUGGAUGCCAAUUAUUCGAUCAAUCGGUCCUGGUUGGAACCACCAUCCUCUUGCUGCAGCUUGAAGAACACCUUUAUCGCGGCAGGCAGGUUGAUUACAGGCGGUGAUCCAGCUAUCUACGGCAACAGAGACAUACCAUAUCGACUAAUUCGGGACGAGUACAUUGAAAAGCUUUCGUGGAUUGCCAGACAGUACGUGGUAAUGUGGGAUGCAGGAGAGAAAAGAGGGUGGUUGGUGAAUGGAGCCUCUGCUCUAUUGCACCUUCUCCUUGCUUCGCUCCAUUUCAACAGAACCGAUCCACUUGGCUUUGCAUUCCGGUUAAAUCUUACCGACAUAAGAGUUCCAGAGAAAACAUCCACUCCUAGCUCUGCUAUGGAGAUCCUGUUGGACCCUGAUAAUUUGUCUCUAAAACUGUACCACGCGAAACAAAGCGAACCAAACGAGACAACGUUACCUCCAGCACAGCUUCGAGAUAGAGUCGAUCGUCUGUAUAACUUGCUCGAGAAGAUCAUGGACCAUCAGGUAAAUAUCAUGGGGACGGACAACCGAGUAUCACGCAAUAUGGCUCGGGGAAACCUGGAAGGAUGGGAUUUCAAGGAUUUGUCGACCCAGGAGGAUCCGUUGUACCCUCGGUUUUGUAAACUAGGAACCCGAGGGAAGAGCUGGGUUGAUCUCACUAGAAGUAUUCGUGCGGCAACGCUAUUUGGAACGGGCUUUGACAAUGGCGCCCCGGCUUGCAAAUGCGUUGGGUGUCCGGAACAAACAGACCAUUCCGAACUGGCCCAAGUCAUCUUGCCUUCACAGUUCAAAAAGAGAAUACCGAAGCACAAUACCGUUCGAUCAAGCAGUUGGCGUCAUGGCGGGGUAGUAUUCGGCUACAAUAAAGACCUUCGAUGGUGCUGGAAAGACACUGGCUCCCCUAAACAAGAAGAUGCGUUGCCAAGUUCAGAUGAUUCAGGGUCUGAUUCAGAUGGAGACUUUUACGAUUCAGGGCUUGGAACAAGCUUUGCUCCCUCUGCUACUGUCGAUGGUUCCGGGAGAUUGCCUUCGUCCAUGUCCACGCUUGAAGGCAGUAGUCACGAGGACUACGAGGUAGGGAUUGUAUGUGCACUGCCAAAAGAGCUUCUUGCCGUGCGCGCUAUGUUCGAUUCAAUUUAUUCGGAACUCGAAAAUGACCAAAAUGAUCCUAACUGCUAUUGCCUCGGACGAAUAAAAGCAUUCAAUGUGGUUGCUGCCGGCCUUCCAGACGGUGAUUAUGGCAUGAAUUCCGCCACGAACGUUGCUUCUCAUUUGACCCGAACAUUCCGACGAGUCAAGUUCUGUCUGGUCGUGGGGAUUGGAGGAGGGGUUCCUUCGGCAGCCCAGGAUAUACGCCUUGGUGAUGUCGUCGUCGGCACCAGUGUGAUCCAAGUCGAUAUGGGGAAGUGGAUCCAGGACUCUGAGUUUAGGAUGACGGCAGACACACAAAGACCACCGCAUUUUUUACGAUCCGUCAUUACGAAAAUCAAGGCCGUUUACUCCAAGUCUUUCGACUCCGCUGUUAAUCCUCUUCUUGGCGAUCUUAAACAGAUCUCCACGCAUGAACCGCAAUAUCAAUACCCAGGCGCGGACAGAGACACGCUAUUCGACUCAGAUUAUGUUCACGUUGAGGACGAGCCAACUUGUGACAAAUGCAUCGGCAGUCGACGGCCGAGGAUUCGACAGCAUGACGGCCCAAACAUUUUCUAUGGCCGCAUCGCAUCUGGCAAUCAAGUUGUUCGAGAUGCAAAAUACCGAGAGCGCCUGGGCCGGGAAGGCGUGAGCUGUGUUGAGAUGGAGGGGGCGGGAGUCAUGAGAACUACCGACUGCCUUGUGAUUCGGGGCAUUUGCGAUUAUGCCGACUCGCAUAAGAACAAGCAGUGGCAGGAAUAUGCCGCUGCCACGGCGGCUGCUUACGCCAAAUUCUUCUUGUCUUGUAUGCGCUACAGCGAUGAUGAAUUUGCCAUCAGAGUUCCAUCACAGUUGGAGGCGUCGAUGGGGCCAAUCCCCUUACAGAAGCAGAAGCGGGCUGCACCAUGUACGGACUUUGGUCAGCCCCUGGUGCUCAAGCGGACUCGACGGAAUUAA